GGAUUUAACGAGAGAAGAUGAAAAAAAGAAUUUGUUCGGUCUUUCAAAAGCUCGAGCUUUUUUCUUCCCUUUUUCAGCAAUGGCGGACUGGUCUCAGUUGCCGAGCGAUCUCCUUGAGAGAAUCAGCAAACGCCUUGAUACUGCCACCGAACUCCUCCGAUUCCGCUCCGUCUGCAACUCCUGGCGAUCCUCCGCCUCCCCGUGGGGUUGCCGUCUAUCCAGAGCAUUCCAAAUCCUCCCCAGCGACGAUUUCGUCAAGACCUCCAUCGGAUUCUACCUGUCGAAGAGGACCGUUUACCUCAUCGGGCUGCCCGAUUCGCGCCAUCUCGGCGGGCGGCUGGUGAAGAUCGAGGAGGACAUCCCUGGUAGAAAGCGCCUCUUGAAUCCCCUUUCGAGGUAUCCUCUGAAAUCUCUCCCCGAGAAUUUCCCUAGACUGCUGGACUUGAGGGAGGUUUUCGUGAAGGAAUUAGGUCAGGAGUACGUCUUGCGUCACAUUGGUUACAUGCCCAAUUCGUCUUCGUUUACCGAUGCUGGGGAUCAGUAUAUGGAGAAGGUGGCGAUGAUGUGGUUGGAUCCUGAUUCCCAAAGAGAAACAAGUGAGUUCGUUCUGCUCACCACUCAUCUGUCCGGGAAGUUAGCGAUUUUCAGUAGCGCUGAUAGGAAAUGGACGAUUACAGGAGAAACGGGUUCGCCUUAUGAUAAUGUGAUUGUUCAUAAAGGGAAGUUAUUGGCAGUUGAUAACACGGGCAAAGUUGUGAGCGUGAGUAAAGACACCGACUUGACUCUUGUCGCGAAUCCUGUGUUUGGCGGGGACAAGAAGUAUUUGGUUCAGUCGUCGAAGGAUCAGUUGUUGUUGGUUGAUAUGUAUCUGAGCAUUGAUACGGGGGAAGAGAAUUUCGACAUUGGGGAGGAGUUCAUGGGGCAUCUUGCACAGUAUAUGAGGGAGAGAAAGGUGAGGUUCAAGGUUUAUAGGUUGGAUGGAGAGGAGAAGACUUGGGUGGAGUUGGGAAGCUUGGGAGAUACAGUGUUGUUCAUUGGUGAUGACUCUGUCUCGGCAUUUGCUGCCUCGUCUUCUGAUCUCUAUGGCUGCAAGGGGAAUUGUAUAUUCUUUGUGGACGAUUUCUAUUACGGGAGGGAGAUUGGUGGACUGGGUGAGGAAGAUGGGAUGUGGGUUGCUGGUGAUAUAGGUGUUUUUGAGUUGGACACUGGUAGUAUAGGGCCGUUGGUGAAUUAUCCCGAGUACUACAAGAUCUUCUGGCAGCCUCCUGGACGGCUACUUUCACCUCCUUCAGAAGUGGAUCUUGAAAAGCAAGCAGAAGGGUUGUCCCUGUGAAGUUGAUGAUCCCCUUUACUGUCCUGGUGGAUUCAUGGCAACCUGUUUGAUAGUUAAGACCAAUGAGUAUCUACGACCGGUAACUUUCCUAUAAUGACCACUUCCUCUGAAUCAAUUGACACUUAUAAGUCUGACAUUGCCCUCAAAGAACUGGGCUUCUUAUAAGUCUGACAUUGCCCUCAAAGAACUGGGCUUCUCGUCGAUGGUAGUGUAUGUAUACCGUAAUUGCAAACUUUGGAGCUGAAGAAGUCUCUUCUCAGUAUGGUCUUUAUGAUCCUCAUUUCAUUGAUCGAUUGACCUUCUCUUUCAAAAGCUGAAUCUUCCGGAGUUAAUCCGAGUCGCUGCCUGUCAUGCUACAUGUUUUGUACAGCAGAAACAGGCAUUGUAUACAAGCUUGGGAUCGUUUGAU